CGGCCGCCGCCCCUGCCCUGGAGUCAGUGUAGUGAGUCCAUAGCCCAGAACCAUCUCCUCCCUUCUUCCUCCUCCGUCAUUUCCUUCUGCGAAAAAAUUCUCUUUUGUCUCUCUCUUCUCCCAAGAAAACCUGAAAUGGCGUCCGACGGCAACGGCAGCGGUGUGGUGACCGUGUACGGCGGCACCAACAACGGCGCCGCCCUUUUGGAGCCCUCCAAGCAGCACAAGUCCGCCACCUUCUCCGUCAAGGUGGGACUGGCCCAGAUGCUGCGCGGCGGCGUCAUCAUGGACGUCGUCACCCCCGAGCAGGCACGCAUCGCCGAGGAGGCAGGAGCCUGUGCCGUCAUGGCGCUCGAGCGCGUCCCCGCCGACAUCCGCGCCCAGGGCGGCGUCGCCCGGAUGUCCGACCCGGGCCUCAUCCGUGACAUCAAGCGCGCCGUCACGAUCCCCGUCAUGGCAAAGGCCCGCAUCGGCCACUUCGUCGAGGCCCAGAUCCUCGAGUCCAUCGGCGUCGACUACGUGGACGAGAGCGAGGUGCUCACCCUCGCCGACGACGCCCACCACAUCAACAAGCACAACUUCCGCGUCCCCUUCGUCUGCGGCUGCCGCGACCUGGGAGAGGCGCUCCGCCGCAUCCGCGAGGGCGCUGCCAUGAUCCGCACCAAGGGCGAGGCCGGCACCGGCAACGUCGUCGAGGCCGUCCGCCACGUCCGCUCCGUCAUGGGCGACGUCCGCGCCCUCCGCAACAUGGACGACGACGAGGUCUUCGCCUACGCCAAGCGCAUCGCCGCACCGUACGACCUCGUCAUGCAGACCAAGCAGCUGGGACGCCUCCCCGUCGUCCAGUUCGCCGCGGGAGGGGUCGCCACCCCCGCCGACGCCGCCCUCAUGAUGCAGCUCGGAUGCGACGGCGUCUUCGUCGGCUCUGGGAUCUUCAAGAGCGGCGACCCCGCGCGCCGCGCCCGCGCCAUCGUCCAGGCCGUCACGCACUACAGCGACCCCAACAUCCUGGCCGAGGUCAGCUGCGGCCUCGGGGAGGCAAUGGUCGGCAUCAACCUUUCCGAUCCCAAGGUGGAGCGCUUCGCCGCCCGCUCCGAGUAGCCGACGGCACCCGGCCGGCUUUCCGACGUCUUUCUUCCAUCUCAUCUCAUCCCAUCCCAAUAAUGGUCGAGAUCGAUACUCCUCUAGUUGAUAAGUUGGUAAGAAAACCAGAACCUUCUUUUCCUUAAACAAUCGCCAUCGCCAUCGCCUCUUGUUGUUCAUUCUCCAUGGACAAAUCAAUCAUGUCUGUCAGCCAGUCAGCCUGCCUAUGAUGGAUGAAUUCGUGAGGAUGAUCAACAGAACAAGAGCAGCAGCUCCUGCUUGUUCUGGUAGCAGUAGCAGUUGCAGGCUAUAUUAUGUAUUGUAUUGUAUUGUACUGUACAAUAUUUGCCUGCUUGUUCUUUCUAUGGAUUCUGCAUACUGCUGCUGCUGCUGUAACUGAUCUUCAAUUUUUAUUGUUUUAUUGCCA